UUUGGUAAUUUGUACGUAAACAUUGUUGUCGUUUUGCAUUUUUAAUAGUUAUAAUGGAUUUUUACAAGAAUUUAUAAAAUUUUGUAAAAAUUAUUAAAAUAAAUGGUUAAAAAUAUGGUAGAAGAGACCGCACCAAGUAAUAGGCCCAGAUCUAAACCGGAUAGACCAAAGCCAGUGUAUCUAUGGACGGUGGGUGAUGUGCUUAAAUGGUAUCGCAGGCACUGCAGUGAGUAUUUGGAAUACUUGGAACUAUUUUCUAAGCAUGAAAUUACUGGCCGUGCUCUGCUGCGUAUCAAUGAUUCCUCCCUGCAGCGUAUGGGCGUUACAAAUAAUCGUGAUAGGGAAGCCAUUUGGCGAGAAAUUGUUAAACAGCGCCUGAAGACUGAUAUUAUGGAAAUCCGUGAUAUGGAACGUAUAGUGAAUCAACAUUCUAUGGCCAAAAUAUCUCAUGCUAAAGCUCAAAAGUAAUUUGUUAUCCCCCAUGAAAAGGAGCAACGAAUUAUGAUUAUUUUUUUUUAAAAAAAUACCUAUUAUAGAUGAUAUUGUUAGUAAGAAUAAGAACACCAAGUGAUUGUGGUUGUACAAACAAAACAAAAAAAAAAACAAUUUAAGUAAAACAAAAUUUAAACAUUAAUAUUUAGUAAGUAGUUUAUGAAAACAAAUUUAAAAAGUAAUUAUUAUACACAAUACUAUGAAAAAUUUUAAAGAAUAUAUUAAAUUAGAAAAAUAAAUUGACAAAAUAAAAC